GCCGCCUCCAGUCUCAGCAGCGCAGGCGCGCAGCCCAUCAGGCCUUCCUCAGACGGAAGAGGUACGAAGGCUCCUCCCUUUUCUUCCCUCAUCCUUCUCGGGAUCCUCUUCCUCCUAUCCAUUUUCUGAUCUCACUGUUCGAUCGGGAGUCGUUGCCCUUUGCACCUUGCAUUUCCUUGUCCCUUCCACUUAGCAUUGACCGUCCUGUGCUCUCGCCAUUUUGUUUGCUUAGUUGUGGAGCCGGAAUCUUUGCAACCCUCGUGAAAUAGCUGGGCGAUACACGGAUUAGUGAUGUUGGUGUUGUUCGAGACCCCUGCGGGCUUUGCCCUAUUCAAGGUUUUGGAUGAAGGAAAGCUUGACAAAGUCGAGGAUUUGUGGAAAGAGUUUACAUCAGCAGAGUCAGCUAGAAAGAUUGUGAAGCUGCAAGCUUUUAAUAAAUUUGAGAAUACUUCAGACGCAUUAUCUGCUGCAACCUUAUUGAUAGAUAGCAAACCCAGCAAGGGCCUUAGGAAGUUCUUACGUGCUCACUGUGAUGGUGAGACAUUGGCUGUGGCUGAUUCAAAGCUUGGGAAUGCUAUUAAGGACAAGCUGAAAAUUGAUUGCCUCCACAACAAUGCUGUGAUGGAACUGAUGAGAGGACUUAGAAACCAGCUGACAGAACUUAUUUCUGGGUUAGCUGUGCAAGAUCUAGCUCCAAUGAGCUUGGGUUUGUCUCACAGCUUAUCCAGAUACAAACUAAAGUUCAGCCCUGAUAAGGUGGAUACAAUGAUCAUUCAAGCCAUUGGUUUGUUAGAUGAUUUAGACAAAGAGCUCAAUACCUAUGCCAUGAGAGUUCGAGAAUGGUAUGGAUGGCAUUUCCCAGAGCUUUCAAAAAUUGUACAAGACAACAUUCAGUAUGCAAAGGUAGUAAAGCUAAUGGGCAACCGUACAAAUGCUGUUGCUCUUGAUUUUUCCGAGGUACUAUCUGAAGAGACUGAAGCAGAGCUGAAAGAAGCAGCAGUCAUAUCAAUGGGUACUGAAGUUAGCGAUCUAGACUUAGCUAACAUCAAAGAGCUCUGUGACCAGGUUCUAGCACUUUCAGAGUACAGGGCUCAACUUUAUGAUUACCUGAAAAGCAGAAUGAACACAAUUGCACCAAAUUUGACUGCCCUCGUUGGGGAGCUUGUUGGAGCUCGUCUUAUUGCUCAUGGUGGUAGUUUACUCAAUCUAGCAAAGCAACCUGGGAGUACUGUUCAGAUACUUGGUGCAGAAAAGGCUUUGUUUAGAGCUUUGAAAACCAAACACGCUACACCAAAGUAUGGGCUUAUUUUCCAUGCAUCUUUAGUCGGUCAGGCAGCUCCUAAAAUCAAGGGGAAAAUUUCUCGUUCUCUUGCUGCAAAGACUGCUUUGGCUAUUAGGUACGAUGCUCUUGGCGAUAGUCAGGACAACAGUAUGGGAUUGGAAAAUCGAGCUAAGCUUGAAACCCGCCUUAGAGUUCUUGAGGGCCGAGAGUUGGGUCAGUCUGCUGGUUCUACCAAAGGAAAGCCCAAGAUUGAGUAUUAUGACAAAGAUCGGAAGAAAGGUGCUGGGGCUCUGAUUACUCCAGCAAAGACAUAUAAUACCUCAGCAGAUCUUGUACUCGAGCAAGCAACUGAUUCGACUCGGAGUAAUACAACCAGCGAAGUUGCAGCACUUCCAAAGAAGAGGAAACACCGGGAAGCUGAACUGCCUCCCUCUGAAAAAACAGCUGAUGCGACACCCACGAGCGAGGCCAAGCAUGCAGGAGAGAAGAGGAAGAAGAGAAAGAUAUCUGAGUCAGAGAACACCAAUUUGCAAGUUGAUGAUCCAGUUUCCGGCGACAAAUCGGAAGAGCAGAUUAAAAAGAAAACUAAGAAGAAGAAGGAUGUGAAUCAGGAUGAGGAGGUGCCCAGCAAAAAGGAAAAGAAGAAAAAACACGCUGAAGAAGAGCAGGCAAUGGGCGAUGCAGUUCACAAGAAAAAGGAGAAGAAGAAAAAGGACAAGGGGAGGGAGUAGAAUUUCAUUUAUUUUUUUUGUUUCAGGGAGCCUGGUAGCUCCCUUGUUCUAGUGCUUGUAUUGAAGGAACAAUUAUACGUAAAAUUGAUCCUUGUUUAUUUCUCCUGCAUGAUUCUGCAGUCUGACAUUAUUUUUUGAUACUUGCCAUCAUGAUAUCCUAAGACCUCUCAUGUUUCUGCAAAUCUGAGGUUUACUAAAA